CUCGCUCGCUCUCCCGGCUGCAGCUGCGGCUCAAGUGAACUUUCAUCCGGGGCUUUGGAUGCGGAGACGCGGCGGCAGGACUUGCUAGAAGUGGCCCAAGAUGAAUCCCCAACAGCAGCGCAUGGCCGCGAUCGGGACGGACAAGGAGCUGAGCGACCUGCUGGACUUCAGCGCGAUGUUUUCCCCACCUGUUAAUAGUGGGAAAACCAGACCGACAACACUGGGAAGCAGUCAGUUCAGUGGAUCAGGUAUGGAUGAACGAGGAGGUACAACAUCUUGGGGGACAAGUGGUCAACCAAGCCCAUCUUAUGACUCAUCUAGAGGUUUUACAGACAGCCCUCAUUUCAGUGAUCACUUGAAUGACAGUCGAUUGGGGGCCCAUGAAGGCUUGUCCCCAACACCUUUCAUGAACUCAAAUUUGAUGGGGAAAACGUCAGAGAGAGGCUCAUUUUCUCUGUACAGCAGAGAAACCGGAUUACCAGGCUGUCAAUCUAGUCUCCUGAGACAAGAUCUAGGUCUUGGAAGCCCAGCACAACUUUCUUCUUCAGGAAAACCUGGGGCACCAUACUACUCAUUUUCUGCCACAAGCUCCCGAAGAAGACCACUCCAUGAAUCUACAGCACUUGAUCCCUUGCAAGCAAAGAAAGUCAGAAAGGUACCUCCUGGAUUGCCUUCUUCUGUAUAUGCACCAUCCCCAAAUUCAGAUGAUUUCAACCGUGAAUCUCCUAACUACCCAUCUCCAAAGCCACCAACCAGUAUGUUUGCUAGCACUUUCUUUAUGCAAGAUGGGACCCACAAUUCUUCUGACCUUUGGAGUUCAUCAAAUGGGAUGAGCCAGCCUGGUUUUGGUGGAAUUCUGGGGACCUCCACUUCCCACAUGUCUCAGUCCAGUAGUUAUGGCAGCCUUCAUUCACAUGACCGCUUGAGUUAUCCUCCACAUUCAGUUUCACCAACAGACAUAAACACAAGCCUCCCACCAAUGUCCAGCUUCCAUCGUGGCAGUUCCAACAGCUCCCCUUAUGUUGCUGCCUCACACACUCCUCCUGUCAAUGGAUCAGAUAGCAUUCUAGGAACAAGAGGGAAUGCUACUGGAAGUUCUCAGACAGGUGAUGCACUUGGAAAGGCUUUGGCAUCUAUUUAUUCUCCUGACCAUACCAGCAGUAGUUUUCCAUCAAAUCCAUCAACGCCAGUUGGAUCACCUUCUCCUCUCACAGGUACAAGUCAGUGGCCCAGACCUAGCGGGCAAGCUCCUUCAUCCCCUAGCUAUGAAAACUCACUCCACUCCCUGAAAAAUCGAGUUGAGCAGCAACUUCACGAGCAUUUGCAAGAUGCAAUGUCCUUCUUAAAGGAUGUCUGUGAGCAGUCUCGAAUGGAAGAUCGUUUAGACAGAUUGGAUGAUGCUAUUCAUGUACUGCGGAAUCAUGCUGUGGGACCUUCUACCAGUUUGCCUACUGGUCAUGGUGAUAUACACAGUUUAUUGGGACCAUCCCAUAAUACACCAAUUGGAAGCCUCAGUUCAAACUAUAGUGGAUCAAGCCUCGUUACAAGCAGUCGAUCUGCUUCCAUGGUUGGAACUCAUCGAGAAGACUCAGUCAGUCUCAAUGGCAAUCAUUCAGUCCUAUCUAGUACAGUCACUGCUUCAAGCACAGACUUGAGCCAGAAAACACAAGAAAAUUAUAGAGGUGGCUUGCAAAGUCAACCUGGAACUGUUGUUCCAACAGAAAUCAAAAUUGAAAACAAAGAGAAAGAUGAAAAUCUGCACGAACCUCCUUCAUCAGAUGACAUGAAAUCAGAUGAUGAAUCCUCUCAAAAAGAUAUCAAGGUUUCUUCUAGAGGGAGAACAAGCAGUACUAAUGAAGAUGAGGAUUUGAACCCAGAACAGAAAAUAGAGAGGGAGAAAGAAAGGCGAAUGGCUAACAAUGCCAGAGAACGCUUGCGUGUGCGGGAUAUUAAUGAGGCAUUCAAAGAGCUUGGCCGAAUGUGUCAGCUUCAUUUAAAGAGUGAAAAACCCCAAACAAAACUCCUUAUUCUUCAUCAGGCCGUGGCAGUCAUCCUUAGUCUAGAACAGCAGGUCAGAGAAAGGAACCUUAACCCCAAAGCAGCCUGCCUUAAGAGAAGGGAAGAAGAAAAAGUUUCUGCCGUAUCGGCAGAGCCACCAACCACAUUGCCAGGAACCCAUCCUGGGCUUAGUGAAUCUACCAACCCUAUGGGUCAUAUGUAAACAUCAGCCAGUUCCAGAGUCCUCAAUAGGCUAGAUAGAAGGUGACCUCUCCUCAGAGGACUUGGACAACUCAGAGUUUCUGAAGACACAAACCUGAUAGAGGGAGAAGGAAAAAAAAAACAAAACACUUGAAGCAAGAACUCAAAUGAUAUUUACGAUCAAAGCCACUGGCCGACACUUCCAUCAGAAGUGAAGAUAGAAAGCUCAUCAGAUAGAAGAACAUCAGCCCAGGAGAUGUUUGCAACACAGUGUUGGUUGCAAGCGGUGUCGCUUCUGCACAAUCAGAGACUGUCUCGAUCUCUCCACUCACCGUGGAAGUUGCCUUGUGCCUAAACUGAUUUGACAAAUGCAUUGUAACUACAAAUUUUAUUUAUUGUUAUGGAACUGUAAGGUCUACAUAUAAAGGGAAAAGGUUAAUGUGGAAAGCUGAUAUACACUCAGCUGAUGCCAGCAUUCGUCAAAACUGUUCACAUGCAGAGAACAAAGUAGUGACAACCAUUGGCCCUUAGCAUUCCCGGCAUACCUGUUAGUGUCUUAAAGGGAAGGGAAAAGUCUUCUGUUGCCCUCUCCUAUCCUUUGCCAUAUGAAUAGUGUUUUCCAUGAAAUAAGAAAAUAUUACUUGGUAUAGCAUAUCUCUCUCAUUUUUAUUCAUUGAUUUUAAUUUUCUCUCUGUGGGUUAAUGUUGUAUUUGGUCUAUGAAUCAAAAAUAGUUUAUGGUCACAGCCCAACACUUUGCCUAUUUACUUUACAAGGAUAAGCAAAGACCAUCUGUGACCAUAGCUUAGGUAAGAUUUUAAAAGGGGAAAUUUUGUCCCCUAGAUUUCUCCCCAGAUAAACACUAUUUUAUUUCUAAUAAUAACCAAGACUUUUCAGGCUUCUAGGUUUCAUAGAAAAGCUUGUAA